AUGCCUUACACCGGUGAGAAGGGACUUAUGCUGGUGAGAAUAGUGAACGAGAUUCUCACUGGCUUUCUCAAAAUGAGUGACACUUGUGAAUAUCCUGCUCAAGCAGUUCGACAGAAGAUGUACAACGUUGUUGGAAACUCAUCAGAUUUUAUUUUGGAAGGCUUCUUCUUCCCACCAGAAGCAAGAGUGCCCCUGUUUUUAUUAACCUUUUUUGGGUAUAUCAUUAUUGUUUCCCUGAAUGGUAUGCUUUUGCUAGUCAUAACUCUUCAUAAAAAUUUGCACGGACCAAUGUAUGUUAUGUUGUGUAAUUUAAUUGUAUGUGACUUAAUCGGCAGCAGUGCACUAAUGCCAAGAUUGAUGUCCGACUUUUUUGUCGAUUUGAAGGUCAUCUCUUUUGGAGCAUGUAUUAUUCAAGCUUUCUGUAUUCAUAUGUACCAUUUUGGAGCUCAGUUGAUACUAGCGGCAAUGGCUUUAGACAGAUAUGUUGCAAUUUGUAAUCCUCUGCGUUAUGCCUCAAUCAUGACACCCCGGACGUUAGUGAAACUCUGCUCGAUUGCCUGGGGAUGCACCUUUGUUAUGGUAGUCGUUGUGUUGUCAAUUACAAUAAGACUUCCAAAAUGUAAAUCGCUAAUUGUACACGCAUAUUGUUUCAACGCAGCUUUAUUUGUACUGGCCUGCGGGGAUUAUUCGGUAAAUAAUAUUUCUGGACUAUUUGUUGCAUAUUUUACAUGUGGUUUGUCUUUUUCAGCAAUUGCUUUCACUUAUGUUAAAAUUCUACUAACUUGUCUGUUCAAAUCACACAUGAAUGCCAAAAACAAAGCUAUUCAGACCUGCGCUUCACAUUUAACGGUUUACAUAAUAUUUGAAACCACUCUUUUAUUUUCAAUAAUGGCCUUGCGGUUCCCUAAUAUUAAUCCAAAUUUAACGAAAUCAUUCGGGGCAGUGAUGAUUACUGCACCCCCUUGUUUGAAUCCUUUGAUAUAUGGAAUAAACACCAAGGAAAUUCGAAAUACUGUUUUGAAAUAUUUUAAGAAGAAAAUAUAUGAAAAUGAGGAUGUGCAGCAAAGUCCACUGCAGCAGGUAAUGAAAAUUGCUGUCUGCAAGAAGGAUGACCAGGAGGACUUUAGCAUUGUCUUGGAGGGUGUGCAAGUCAUGACUGGCUUGGGAAAUCUGACUAGAGCCUGCGAAAUUCUUCUUGGAUUCACAUAUGCACUAAACCUCACCUAUCCCAAACAACUGAGGAACACGUUUGAGGCCUUUCAGAAGCUCUUCUUGGAACUGGAUAUUGCCAAGAAACUGGAGAUUUCAUUCAAAUGUGUCCACUACAGUCUUGAGGGGAAGGGCAACCUGGAUCUAACCAGAAAAGUAAAAGGAGCAGAAGGCCCAGAUACACAACUACACAAGAAUGUAAGUACAUCAGAGUUUGUAGCUUGA